GCGCGUUUGGCGCGAUUGAGCCCCGCCAGCUUCCGUAGGUUGUCGAGCGCGUGCGUGACGCAGCAGCGUCCAACGGUCAGAAGAAUUUUCACAGGCAAGAUGGCGACUUCGGAGCCGCGAGGAACUGAAAAUGAAGAAGGCCGUGCUGAUAGUCCUACGACGACUGCUGUGACAAGUCCUGAACAGUACAUCAAACACCCUUUGCAAAACAGAUGGGCUCUCUGGUAUUUCAAAAAUGACAAGAGCAAAAGUUGGACAGAAAAUCUGCGUCUCAUCUCCAAGUUUGACACAGUGGAAGAUUUCUGGGCAUUAUACAAUCACAUACAGCAGCCCAGUAAGCUUGGAUUUGGCUGUGACUACUGUUUAUUUAAGGAUGGUAUUAAACCCAUGUGGGAGGAUGACAGGAAUAAACUCGGUGGAAGGUGGUUAAUGACCCUCAGCAAACAGCAACGACACAAUGACCUUGACCGCUACUGGAUGGAGACUCUGUUGUGUUUAAUUGGCGAGUCCUUUGAUGAAGCCAGUGAAGACGUGUGUGGAGCUGUGGUCAAUGUCAGGCCAAAGGGAGAUAAAAUAGCCAUCUGGACGGGCAACUGCCAAAACAGGGAUGCUAUCAUGACGAUAGGGCAACAAUACAAAGAACGUUUGAGUCUCCCAGGCAAAACCCUCAUCGGAUACCAGUCACACGACGACACCUCUAGCAAAAGUGGCUCUACAACAAAGAACAUGUAUUCAGUUUGAAGAAAACUAAUUUCAACUCAUUGUAGGUUUAUAAAAUUUCAAAUUUGCAUCACAUUAAUACUUUUGAGUUGUCAACUACUGUAGUGUCCUUCCUUUUUAAGAAAAGAAAAAAAAAGUCAAAUAUGUAAAUGUAGUGCUCUCCAGCCUGAAAUGAUCAGCACCGUUACCGUGUGGAUCGAGGGACGUCUGCUUGUUUAGACCUGAGAGAGGACCGCAUCAGCUAAAGCUAUACGAGUUGAGCUAGAUGUUACUGAUAUCAUUUUAGUCGUUCGGGAGAGUUUAAAGGACUAAUCGAGACUUACCUAGCUGAAGAGGUUCUAAGGCUUAGAUAAGAGACAUGCCGUUCUUUGCUUUAACCUUUUUUUUUCUCUCACGCGUCACGUCACGAAGUGUUUCUCAUCGUCAGACGAACAAAUUAACUCACAACUUAAUCCACACGGACAUUUUAAGGGCCCAAACUGUUUUAACAUGCUUUGGUUGGAGGUGUUUGGCAUGAGAAGUGAUUGCAGAGGCGCCUGCAGACUGACUAUCUUAAAGGUUUGUAAAGGAUUACUUUUGGUCGCGCUCCAAGUUUGGAAUUUGGAGGAGUGGUCAUUUAUUGUUUCAGCUAUGCUGGAAUUGAGGCAUCUUGCUUGUAGACCUAUCUAACACUUGUGUUUCUCCCCUUCAUCUAUUUAUGAUAUAUGCAUUGCAGUUGAACUAUGUAGUAAGAGGAACACCAUGAAAAUCAAGCUCCUGUUUUCUUUAUUUUUUUGAGGUUCUUAGCAAUGUGGACUACUGCUUGCUGUUUUCAUUUUUUUUUUUUUUUUACAGUGUAUUCAGUGAAUGCCUGGACAUACAUGCUUUUUAGGUUUGCUACCACUUUUCUCCUUAUUGAUACUGUAGCCAUUUUCUAGUUUGCCCCACUCUUUGGAUCAGUGAAAGAAGAGAGGAUAUUCAUUGUGAAUUUAUUUUGCUCAUAAUGUAUCUUUAUUAUCUGUAAUUCCAGGAUGUAUAUUACCUUCUUUCAAAGUAAAGGUUAUGUGCUUUGCAUUAA